AUGGCCCUUCAACAGCUGGUGAACAUCCUUCCUCAUGCCGUCACCGAAGCUUUGCAAAAAGCGGCAGACUCUCCAUAUUCUAGUUACGGCAACACGAAUGGAUCCGCAUCAUUGGCGGACAUUGGCACAGUUUUCAAGAUUGUUGAGGACCUAUCGGCUUUGAUUUGCACCCUUGACGCUGCCGUUGCCAUGUUGACGUCGUGCAAAGUGCAUCUGGUACAGUCACGAGCUGAUCACUCUCGGUUCGUAUCGGCCCUUUGGCGCCUCCCAGUGGAGAUCAUGGCAGAGAUCUUCCAGCUGUCUGUGCCGCAUCAGAUACGGCGAGGCGCCAUCUUAGAUGGUCUUCGCGGCCGAGGGCCAGCUCUGAAUGUCGCUCAAGUGUGUCGCCAUUGGAGAAGCGUCGCACUUGCUACUCCAAGCCUUUGGGAAGUUGUGCGUAUCCGCGUACCCGUCAAGAUCUAUAGCUCUGAUGUCAUGGACUCAAUCGACCUGUACGAAAGCGAACUGGAGCUUCUGUCGCGAGGAUCACCCGCACCCUUCUACCUCGUUAGCACUGUUAACAUGGAAGGUCUCAGGUUCGCCCCCAAGGCCAACUCUAUACCCAUCCCUUGCAACGACACUUCAUUCGUUGAAAGGUUAGAGUCUUGCUGGGGUCUUGACGUUGGCUCCGUGGUCUUCUCGACAUACAAACCGAUGUUUGCUGCGAUGAAGAACCUGAGGCGGUUGAUGACGAUGACAAGCGGCUUGAACUCCUUUGACGUUUCCCCUUAUCCUCUUCUCACCCACCUCUCAAUGCACGUUUCAUAUACAUCGCGCACGAUGCUUUCUGACUGGUUCUCCUCUGUACGAUGUUAUCAUCUUACCACGUUAAUCAUGCUCGUCGGGGCCAGGGAGGACGACUCUCAAUUCGAAGUGGAUAUUACCAGGCUGGUUCAGAGCUUUCCCCGCCUCGAACACUUGUACAUGGAGAUACCAGGCUUGGAGCUGACACCGCCAAACGUCGCUUUCUCCCACCCGACCCUCAAGACGCUGUCCAUAGCAUGCACCAACGGCCCUGACACAGCCUACGAGCUUUCCACUCUCGGAUCAUUAUUUGCGCUCGCGACCUUCCCCUCCCUUUCCGAGCUCAUACUUCACGACGAAUCGGCGUUCACAGUGUACUUUACGCCGUAUAGGACUGGAAUGGAGAACCAACACGAUAGAUGA